GCGAGGCGAGUGGCGGGGCCGGGACAGCGCGGGGCGGGCGGAGGGCAGCGGCGGCCCGGCACCAUGCCGCGGGUCGUCCCCGACCAGCGCAGCAAGUUCGAGAACGAGGAGUUCUUCAGGAAGCUGAGCCGAGAGUGCGAGAUCAAGUACACCGGCUUCAGGGACCGGCCCCACGAGGAGAGGCAGGCCCGCUUCCAGAACGCCUGCCGCGACGGCCGCUCCGAGAUCGCUUUUGUGGCCACGGGAACCAAUCUGUCUCUCCAGUUUUUUCCGGCCAGCUGGCAGGGGGAGCAGCGGCAGACACCGACCCGGGAGUAUGUCGACUUUGAGAGAGAAGGAGGCAAGGUGUACUUGAAGGCACCUAUGAUUCUCAAUGGUGUCUGUGUAAUCUGGAAAGGCUGGAUAGAUCUACAGAGACUGGAUGGUAUGGGCUGCCUGGAAUUUGAUGAAGAGAGAGCACAGCAGGAGGAUGCAUUGGCACAACAAGCCUUUGAAGAAGCUCGAAGAAGAACCCGCGAAUUCGAAGACAGAGACAGGUCUCAUCGGGAGGAAAUGGAGGUGAGGGUUUCACAGCUGCUGUCAGUAACUGGCAAGAAGACAACAAGACCCUAGUCCUGGAUCCAACCUAGGAAGUGGUGACGAUCUCAAACUACGUUAAUCAGCAUCAGCAGUGCCAUGGGUCUGCAACAUACAUUGCUUCUACUUGGCAAAGGAUUGAAUAAAGACCAGAAACUGUGAUAACUGGGUAUAUUAUGGUCUGUUUCCUGACCUGCGGCAGUCAGAACCACCGUGAACUGCCAUGGUUUGCACUAUGUUUAUGUUACGAUACCUGCAUUUCCCAUGUUAAGCAUGUAGCCAGUGGCAAUUUGAAAUUUUGUUUUUCUAUGCAAACUUAUUUUUGUUGGCACUAUUUUAGUGAAAUGGAAACUUAUGCAGCUAUAAAAACAUUUUUUUCUCAACUGUAAUAAAAAUUGUCACUUAAAAAUAGGUCAAGAUAUUACAGAUUAAAAACUUUUUUUUUGUUUCUGUUGUUUUUUUGUUUGGUUGGUUUUUUUUAACUGCUGGAAGCCAAAGCAUUCCAAGCUUAAUUUUUUUAAUAUGGGCUUCUGGAGUUUUGAUUGUCUUUCUCGUGCUCCUGCUUUAUAUUAGAUAUGCAUUCUUAUCUUUCUUUCCGAUUUCUUUUUUUCUACAUUUGCAAGACUUAAAAACUGCUGACAUUAUUUGGCGUUACUUCCAAGCUGAACCCAGUGAAUCAGUGCUGUUGGGAUCGGGUUUCAGACUGCUGGCUCGUCAGCCUUACAGUUGCAGUAUUCUUCUAACCGCUGAACGUUCAUCGGUUCCACUUUUUAAACGAUCAAAUCUUAAAAUCUAUAUUUUCAUGCACGAGUGCGUUCUGCCCCAAAAUCUGUCUUGCGUUUUAUUCAGUGUUCAGUGAGUUUGGGUGGUUCUGGUACCGCUGUAUAUAGUACCUUACUGAAACUCAUGGGAAGUCGCAGGCUGGCUUCUGGUUUAUUCAGGGAUUUUUUUAAACAGUGCUUACGAAGGGAUACUGCAACUCUAUGGUUUGACCCAGCAGCACACAGACUGGGAAUGGAGGCGAUGGGCUGCCGAGGUGAUGUGUACGGAAUGAUGUUAAGAUGGCUGCUUCGAGUACAUUUUGUAUCUUAUGCUUUUUGUAAGGUUGUGCUGAAUGGUGAGGAGCUGAGAUGAGGCUGUGUGCGGAAAACCUCAGACCAUGCAUAGGAUGCUUCCAUUAAAUUGUAUGCAAACAGAGGCCGCGCUGCAGUGAGUGCUGUGUUUGCUGGCAGGGUACGGCUGGGGGAGAGUUAAUCUGUGUGGAUUUCCUUCCUUUCCUCGGGUGGUGGUGGUGGGGAAGGGUUCUGUGCCACGUUUUUCUUUGUGUCCAUCUGAUAUCUGAAGAAAAUCGAUUGGAAAUGUGGUGUCGUUUGGCAGCGUUAAGAUACGUGAUCUAAUCUCACUGUGUUAUUAAUGAUUUUGAGGGCAGAAGCGCUGUACGAUAAGAGCAGUUACAUCCUUAUUAAAUUCUAUAACUAGGAUAACUACGUUCCUCGUUAACGGUGAUACAGUGGAUGUAAAAGGGGUCUUGCAGAAAUGUACGCAGAUGUCAACGUGAAGGAGAACCUUUGUAUGUUAACCAGGCGAAUAUUUAACAUUCACUUUGUGUCAAUAACUGUACGCUGUGAGAAUGCCAUCCAAUAGAGAGAUUCUGAUAUUCCACCUGAAAUGUGACUCGCCCAGGAGCUGCGCUGUGCCCACCUGUCCCUUUUGCUCUUCCUCCCCCAAGGAAACGUUUCCGAGGUGUUUCUGCACCGCGUGCCCCAGCCCUGGGCCUCCUCUGCCAUCUGUGUGUUUUUGAUGGAAUAGCCUGAAGGUCUAUUUUAAAAGGUUUUCCUAACGUUUCAGAUGGUGGUUUUAAGCCACGAGUACACAGGAAAUGAUGCUAUCAGCUAUUAACGUUGCCAUCUCGGUGUAAAUACCCAACCUUCCCUAUCGUCAUUUAGCAUUCUGCUGCUUCCGAUAUCUUAAUGCUGGCAUUAAGAUCACAGCCCUUCCCUCUGCUGGUUAGCAAAGACUUUUUAAAGUGCAUUUUAAGUUAUUGAUGCAAUUUGAUAUUUUUUCAUAAUUUCUAUUUAAACUGAAGUUGCAUCAUCUUUCUCGGAUUCAUCUCCUGCAAGAGUUGCCUUAAGCUACAGGAUCGCUUUUGCUACCUUUUGUGUUGUACGUUUAACUUUCAUAAUAAACUUCUGUGUAGC